CAUAACAAAAGAAAACCCAUGCCUGGAUCUGUUGGUGGUUUGACGCCGACAAGGAACCAGUCGGUCAACAACGUUAAUGACCGAAUUCGUCGUCUUGAAAGACUUGUCACGUCUCUGGCGGAAACCCAACCCCUUGCAAGAAGUGGAGAUGUCACGGGACUAGAGGGCAACACGAGUGGUAGUGCUAGGAGACCAUCUGAUGUAGGCGGCCGGGCGGUGGAAGAUGGCAUAGCAAACCCUUCACCUCAACUUACGGCGAAGGGGCCAGAGACUCGAUUCGUCGACUCUUCGCAUUGGGAGGCUAUUCUUGAGGACAUCCACAGUAUAAAACAAGAACUAGAUACAAGCCGAAGCUCUGAGGACUGGGACAACACAGACACUAGCCCCGAAGAAACUCACGGCCUGGAACUCCUUUUCGGCGACCACAGAACCAUAACAAUCGAGGAAUUGUUAUGCUCCCUGCCUACUAAAGCCGUUGCUGACAAUCUAAUUCAUAUAUUUACACAGGAGAUGGACUUGCAAGGAAGCCAAUUAAUGCAUGUCCCGACGCUUCUGAAAGAGCACGAGGACUUUUGGAAAAAUCCUAGUGCGGUGUCCCUUGCGUGGCUGGCACGGAUGUACGCAAUAAUGUGUCUAUCACUGCAAUGGGCUAUGCGUACUAAUAUACACGUGGAUGAUAUCUUGCUACCUGAGACAACGAUCCGCAUUUAUCGGACGAGAGCAUCGCAGUGCUUGAUAGCGUCCGACUACGGCAAGCCCACGACAUAUACGCUGGAAGCUAUGGUGAUGUAUGUUGCUUGCGAGCACUUCUGGAACUUAGACGGCUAUUUUCGAGCAUCGCUGGUGUUCGCGAUGAUAGUGCGCCUGGCUUUGCGUGCAGGCUACCACCGCGAUCCAAGCCACUACCCCGACAUAUCUAUCUUCGAUGGCGAAAUCCGCCGCCGAACGUGGGCGUACAUAUUCCAGAUCGAUGUCUGGUUUUCACACAAAUGUGCUCUCCCUCGCCAAAUCGACGAACGUCAGGUCGAUACUGCACCACCCGUGAGCGUGCUCGAUGAAGACCUCUAUCCGUCAAUGGUAGAACUGCCCACGCCUCGUCCAAGCAACGAGCCGACCAGCAUCGGCUUUCUCAACUACAAGACUAAACUCCUAGAGAUCGUCACCCGCAUCACUGAUCGUUCAAGCGCCGCAAGCCUCUCUUUCGAUGACGUCCUUGCGCUCGAUCAGGCGCUGGAUGCACGGCUAGAUUCACGACCUGCCUGGAUUGUCGUGCCCGGGAGUGACACCACACUCGCACCGAUCGCACUUGGCCGGCUGAUCGAGGUUGAUGUUCUCGCCCAGUGUGCCCGCAUAAUACUACACCGCAAGUAUCUUAUUCCCGCACGCACGAAUCCGAAGUACGCCCACUCGCGACAAGCUUGCCUAAGCGCUGCCUCACAAGUCCUGCGGCAUCAGCAGCGCCUGUACGAAGUAUCUUAUAAGCAUUACGGGACCGUGACAGCGAACUGGCGGGCCCUGUCACUUAUGAGCCACGACUUGCUCCUCGCUGCAAUGGUACUGUGCAUGGAUAUGGAUCAGGAGCUCCAGCAUCGCGCGGACUCAAGAACAUUGCAGCAGAGUAAAGAUGAGGAGGAGGGGCUGACCGAGCGAUUUGAGCUGCUCCAGGGGUCUCAUCGCAUCUACACGUCCAUGUUAUCCUACACUUCGGAUGCGUCCAAGGCGGGGGAUGUGCUGGGAAUAAUGCUUAAUCGGCUGCGGCGGAGUCGGGAACUGUCGACUACUGCUAAUAAUACCCUUCCAGUACGAAGCCAAAGCCAAUAUCAGCCUCCAAGCCAAAGCCAAAGCCAAUACAACGCGGCUUCCAGCAACUGCCACAACCCUACGGCGCAGCCAUACAACAUGGGUGAAACUCCGAUUGUGGGGUCUUACCUACCGGUGCAUUCCGUAUAUCCAUUCGCUGAUGCAAUGCCUGCCGACUUAGUGGGCGGAUACGGUGCAACGAGCCACGGGGAUGGGGCAGGAGAUAACUUCGCACUUACAAAUUUCUUGGAGAGUUGGGAUUGGACGCAGUGGGAUUCGGGCUUUGCGAGCUCGAUGACUGGGAUGGAUUGACUCAUGAGGUGAUAAUUGUGCGUUGCAUUUAGCUUUGGCGAAAUCACUUCAAGCUACUCCUUACUCUCAACCGCUUCUCGUGGUGGCUGAUCUCGUGUCUGGAAGGGGCUACUCAAUGAAUGAGUGGCAAGUGGAGGAUUGCUGGAUGUGGGUCAUCUAUAACGAUCAAACGAUCUUUCUUCAUUGUUCUGGAAGGGUUACUACUCUCGAUAGACAUAAUAGAGUGGCGAGAACGGGUGGGAGAGGUACUGCGGACAACGGAGUACUCAAUGAAGAUAUGAGCGAAUCAAUCGAAGGUUUGAAUUGGAAGAGCCAAUAUCUAGACACGAUUAUAAGACUUGGAAACGUAGAUGUGGUGUUUUCGAGUGAG